AAUUAUUAUUAUUACUGCCGUCGUUCGGAUUGUCCGAAUGACCUUAUUAUUCGUUAUUAUUGUCAUAACAUUCAAUAUUAUAAUAGCCCGAACGAUCGCCAGUCGCUCACAACUACUCGCUACCGUUUUGCGAUUACGAUGCUCUGUUAUCGGGCCAGACGUCCUUGUCGUUUUCCCACACGACUUUUAAUUUCCGCGCUCUCCCGCCACCGGGACCCCACCCCCGUCAGCCCGACCCGUCUUGACGCGCGCGCGCGCGGUCGCCCCCAGAUCACCGUCGCCGACGCCGCGGCACUAGGUUUUUCGAAUAUUUUGCCCACACAAUACCGCGCUUAAAACAAUAAUAACAACGAUCGAAAUCAAAAACAAACAGCGAGUGUGCCAGUGACCGAACAACAACGCCCCGACGGUUAUAGGCGUAUUGAUAACUGUCCGACUCGUGUGUGUGUUUGUGCAGGAUCCCUCGGCCCUAGGUAUGCCCGUCAAAGUGGACAUAACGCCUAGACCUCCGGCCAACUCGAAGCAACUAGGGGUCACCGGGUCUAUACUGUACAGCGGAUCGAAAUUUCAAGGGUUCCAGAGGUCCAAGGGCAACAGCUACGAGGUGGAAGUCGUACUGCAGUAUGUCGACGAACAAAACGGUUAUCUGUGCGGUUAUCUAAAAAUUAAAGGUCUCACUGAAGAGUUUCCCAAUUUGACUACUUAUUUUGAUGGAGAAAUUAUCAACAAAAAGUGUCCAUUCUUGACGAGAAAGUGGGAUGCCGAUGAAGAAGUUGACAAGAAACAUUGGAACAAAUUUGCUGCAUUUUGUCAGUACGCCAAGACAUUCAAUUCGGAUGCAUUUGACUAUGACAAACUGAAAAAUGCCGAUCAUGUAUUUAUGCGGUGGAAGGAACAUUUUUUAGUACCUGAUCACACAAUACGUGAUAUCAGUGGUGCAUCAUUUGCUGGAUUCUAUUAUAUAUGUUUUCAGAAAUCAACUUCUUCUAUCGAAGGGUAUUACUAUCAUAGGAGUUCUGAAUGGUAUCAAACAUUAUGCUUGACCCAUGUCCCAGAACACAGUACUCAGAUCUACGAAUUUAGGUGAUUUAUAGAAUACCAACACACAAUAUUACAA